UAGACAGUGUUCGACGUUUUGAUUAUUUGAGUGAUUCCACUAUUUGAUUUUUUGAAAAUGAGCGAAAAAAAAUUCAACAGGGGCAAAAAUUUUUCUAUAGAGGAAAAGAAUCUCCUUUUUUCUAUAAUAGAAUCCAAAAAAGAUAUUAUUGAAUGUAAAGCGACGAAUAAGAUCAGUAUUAUUGAGAAAAAAGAAUGCUGGGAGCAGAUAUCAAGAAUAUUUAAUGCGUUAGCGAUAGAAAAAAGGAGUGCAGCUCAGUUGAAGACGUUAUAUGAAAAUUCAAAAAGAAGGGCUAAGCAGGAAAUAGGUUCAGAAAAUAAAGAAAGGUUUCUCCAUUUUCCUCAAUCUCCAGGUGACAUCGAGGGGGAUGUGGUGUGGCAGGAGGAUCCGAAAGAAGCAGAAUUUAAAAAAAUGGCAAUACAUAAAAAGGAUGAUAUUUACAAAACCGAUGAAGGAACAUUUAAGACUUCCUCGAAGGAUGAGAUCGUCCCAUCCCUGAUAGAAGAUGUCAAGCCUUUUUCAAAUCCUUUUGAUAGUGCUGCGGUAUAUUUUGGUGAUGCCAAUCUCAUCCCUAAUCCAAAUGAUCUCAAUUCACACUCUUAUUGUGCUUCUACCAGAAAUACCCCAAUCUGCAGUAAUUCCCCCCAGAAUGUUUCCCCUCCCAAGACGUUCAACUUUAAUAAUAGAAGAAAAUUCAGAAGAUUUAUCAACCUAGAAGCCAUAAAAAAAAUGUAUUACUUACAAAAAUUGAAUACAGCAAAAUUACAGCACAGAAUUGUACAGUACGAAUUGAAGAUGAAAAAAAAAGAAUACGAGCUAAUGAUGAAUAAUCAUCAGAAAUGAAGUUUUUCUUUUGAA